CAAUUAAACAACUUUUAAAAACUUCUGGUGAGAUUCUGCAUCCUUAACCGGAAGAUAGCUCCUCAAAUCUAGCGAGUGUAAUGGCGGCAAUCAACGAAAUUGUGUCGCCGGAGCAAGAGGCACAACGGACAGACGACGGCUUCGUGUGGGAUGUAAAUACCCAGCUCUACUACCACUCUAACACUGGGUUCUACCAUGAUCCUCAAGCGGGAUGGUAUUACAGUAGUAGAGACGGCCUAUAUUACAAGUUUGAAAUGGGGAGAUAUACUUUGAUAGAGUGUGAUCAGGCUGAUGAGUCUCAAAGAAGUACUUCUGAUGCUACUGCUGCUAAUGUUGCCAUCCACGAUGAUCCACAUACAUGUGCCAAUAGUCACAAGGAAGAGGAGUUUGCAUCAUUGCAUGAAUUCGGUCCUAAAGAAGCAGGAACGAUUAGUAAUGAAAGUUCUGAAGAUCAUAAAGGUGGUAUUGAAAAUGAGCUGCUAGAAAAUCCACCACCUUCUGAGUGGCUUGAAGACACACUGAUUGAUCUGUACCUUUCAAAUUAUCCCAAUCAGUCAACACAUGCUAUAUCUGACUCAAUGGCACAUGUGGAAAAUAAUGGCUUAGAUGGCUUAAAUGUAUCGACAGCUGAAAAUGAUGAUAUUUAUGAACUUGAGGAUGGUGAAUGGAUCCCAGAUGACCAUCUAGUUUGUUCUUCAAAUGAAAAUGUGUUGGACUACUUAGAUGAAGGUCCUUCUUUAGAUGAAGAAAACUGGCAAGCUCAGUAUGGUCAAGUUAUUCGACCAGAAGAAGAUUCGUUUCUUUCCAAUGUACAUGUGAUCAAUUUGUGGGACUGGUCACUGGUAAAAGGGAGAAGGAAAAAGAAAGAGAAAAAACAUAAGGUGACCAUGCUUGUUGGGCGAUUAAUAAAACGCUCUGCCCAGCUGCAUCCAUCUAUGCCUUCCAGCAGUGGGCUUCUCAGAACUGCUCCUAUUUGUGAAGUUCAUCUUGAUCUGGUACGAGUCAAAUCAGGCACUAUAUAUAGACUGCAGAAUCCCAGCUCACAAUAUUUGGCUUCUUUAUCUACCUAUGAUUCCUCAAACCCAACAAAAGGCUGGCGCUUUCCUCAAUUGUUGUUGGAUAGGCUAGUAAAGGAAGAUACGGCAUCAAGUCUGGGAGAUGACUUCAAAGUUCCUAGGGUUAUUGUUGGCCAGAAGGAUAUCUGUUUGCCAUCUGAGCAGAUCAGUGCAUUUAAUAAGGGCAGAGGUCAUGUGUAUAGAGAUAGAGCUGCAGAGAGGCGAGCUUUACAUAAUGGGAUCGGGGUAGGUCCGGGACAAAAGAAGUCAUUUGAUUCUGAUCCACACCCUUCCACCACAUCAGCUUCUCCAGAGGAAGCAAUGGCUGAAUCCCUGAACAGGUCAUUUGGAACAGGAAGCUAUGCCAGAAAAAUUCUUGAAAACAUGGGCUGGAAAGAGGGAGACGCACUUGGCAGCCGCAAUGAUGGAUUAAUUGAACCAUUGCAAGCAAAUGGGAACAUAGGUAACGCCGGGUUAGGAUGGAAUCACAGCAGAGGAAGAUACACUUCUUGAAGUACCCCAUCUCUGAAAACAACAUUCCUUUUUGGUGUCCACGUUUUUGUUGUCUUUUGGAAAACUUGCCGAAUCUCAACUUCUAUAAACUGACUGAGCCUAGCUCAUCAAACACUUGCUUAUUUGAAUGUAAAAAUAAAAUUGGAAAAGAAUG